CAUGUUUCGUCUUUGUUAUUUGAUAUACUGUAGAAAAAUGCCUGUUUAUUGAUAUUCCCUGCAGAUCAAUUGGGAAUGUGGUUUUUUAAAUAUAUAUUUAACCCACAUUCUGAGGACGUGCACGGUGAGACUAGCUAGUUGUUAUGUUAUUGAUUCAGUGCGCUAGUGAUCGUGCCGCUCUCGUGCGUGCGCCUAAUACCUGCAAGAGGUAACUUCAAUGUGUGUCUUCUCGUAAGUCGAGGUCACCCAAAACUAUGACUAUCGACGACUGCAAGUUCAGACGUAAAUAUGGCUGGGUUAUGUCUAAGUGUGUCAAAUUUCCACAUCGCUGACUUUAAAUGUUUACUGCAAGAUUACGUAAUUUUCGUUAGUCCUGCGAUCGAGACUACAUCGACAACGAACGCACUCGUUUCGAGGAACGAUAGAAGACACAUAUGGACAGGAAAGGUCCCAGCCUUUGAGUACUUAAUGGUUCUACAAUUACAAAUAUGACGAGCGUUAAACGGCGCCCUCUACCCAACACAUAUACAUCAUCAACAUUCGGGAAUUUCAAGAUAAAUGGCAAAUCAUCUGUUAGCACGUUCCCUCCGCAUAUCUGCAUCUGUUGUGGUAUCUGUGGACAGGAGUUCUCUGAAAGACUUAAAUAUCAAAAACAUUUCAGCACUUGCCUCUCCUCUAAUGAACUUUCUACUCCCGAAUUGUACAAAAGCUAUCCCUCUGCAAGACUGAAUUUCGGUUUAACAUCUAUUACACAGCAAACAUCAGCAGAGCCCAAUGUCAGUCACACGGGUCAAGAUUUUUCUGAUCAUCCUUUUAAAUGCUCCGAAUGUGGACGAACAUUCCGACACAAGAUAUACCUACAUUACCAUAGGCUUCUGCAUGCCGAGUUUUCUCCUGGAAAAACUGAUAUCCUUAUAUUCCAAAAUGAAAAUCCAGAGAACAAUUUCUUUCCGAUUGACUGCAUCAAAUCAGAGAAUGAGGUGAUGUCAACGAGUCAGGGUGAUACAGACGGUAUCAUGCCAACUACAGCAGAACCGAACGAGAAUUUCAAGCAGUGCAAAUUCAAAUAUCGGGGAAAGUCUUUCGUAUUGAAAACAUACAAGUCUCUGGACAAAGUCUCUGUGAACAAUAGUUCCAAAACGACACAAUGCAUUAAUCGGGACCCCGACCCGAAGACCAAACCAGUAAACCAUUACCUGUGUGAAAGAAGUGGGAAAAUAUUGGCUUCUGAUACGUGCAAUGAUCACGAUGGCAGACAAGACCAAGAAACUGCAGACGUCCAUGAUCCUAUAACCACGAAUAGACAAUCUAUGUUUGUGAGUGAAUCAGAUAACACAAUCUCAAUGUCGAUAAAAAGAAGAUGUACAAGAAGACAAGCAUCAGAACAUAAGAACAUUGUUCAUACUAAGCCAAAAAUGCCUUGUUCUAAUGUCAUCACAACCAAAAUACCACCAUCCACCCCUCAAAAUGAGGGAUCGCUUGCAGCAGAAAUGAAAACUAUUGCGGCAGAAAAUAAAUCUAAGUUUUCAGGUGCAGAAAAUACAUCGUCUAACAAAGACACAAGGUCUCGUCAAGAUUCUUCAACCGACCGCAAAUUAAACGGUAUGACUGCUUAUCUGCAAAUUUUCCUCUGCGAAUUCUGCGGGGGCGAAUUUCGAAGAAAGGUGGAUCUGGAAAGACACAUUAGAACUCAUACCGGUGAACGACCGUUUAAAUGUAUGGAGUGCGGGCGGACGUUCAUACAGAAAGCUCACUUGAAAAUUCACUGCGAGAGACACUCCCAUGUUGCUAUCACAGAACAAUCGAAUGUUAAAAAAUUAUCACCAUCUUCCAAAAAUUCCGACAAACUUAACGAAAAUAGCAAGCCUAAGAAAUCAAUGCAUACCUGUCAGACAUGUGAAAAGUCCUUUUCCCAGAAAGGACACCUGAACGUGCACAUGUUAAUUCAUACCGGCGAUAAACCUUUUCGCUGCAAUGUUUGCAACAGAUAUUUCAAUCAAAAGCAGACAUUAAAACGCCACAUUGUCACCCAUGAGGGAAAACUAAAAACACCAUCCGUGGAUUCAAAACGUGCAAAGGGAGCUGAAUGUGUAAGAAAUCGAGGCAUUUAUGAUUCGUCUCAUCAAGCAUUGAAUAGCGAAAAUGCAGUCGAUGCCAAAUUUCAUCUACCGCAAACAGACGGUGAAUAUUCAAGAAAUACUUUCACAAAAACAUUGCGAGAAAGCGUUUCAAAUUGCAAUAUUUCUAGCGAAAAUUCUGAGCAAUCCUCAAUAAACAAAGUGGCGGACAGCAAUAAAAGAAUGAAAGGUGACAAGUUACAGACGAAAUUCAGGAAGGAAAAUAAAUGCAAAAUCUGUGGAAAAGAAUUCAAGCAAAGGGGACAUCUCAAUGUUCAUCUGCUUAUUCAUACAGGGGCCAAACCAUUUAAAUGCGAUAUGUGUUUUAAAAAGUUCAAUCAGAAACAAAUUUUGAAAAGACACCUUCAGACGCAUAGUACAAUCCCUACAUAUGGCCACCGUAAAGUAAACCAGUUAAAUCCAAAAGGCCCCAACAACGAAGAUUUCAUUUGCGAGACUUGUGGAAAAGUCUUCAACAACAAAUACAACUUCCAGAAACAUCGGCUUAUUCAUUCGGGACACCGACCAUUCUUUUGCCAAGAAUGUGGGAAGUCCUUCCGACAAAAGAAUCAUUUGGUGGAUCAUCAGCGAAUUCACAGCGGUGCCAAGCCUUUCAUUUGCGAUAUCUGCUCCAAGAUGUUCAGUCAAAAACAGAAUUUAAAGAAACAUCUUCAGACUCAUUUAAAGCAAACAUGCAAUACGACUGCUAACUAUGUUAAGAAUGAGCACAGUAGCGUUGGUCAAUCAAAACAAAGUUACCAAAAAGUAUCCGGCAUCCGCAAACAGCACAGCCAGGGGAAGAAUAAGGACUUAACAAGUAAUUACCUGGGGGAAGUACGGAAGAAAACGGGUCAGAUAUUUCAUUGCGAUCACUGCGGAAAAGAUUUCAAACGAAAAGAAUAUCUCAAAGUUCAUCUUCGAACUCAUACCGGUGAAAAACCCUAUGUGUGUCAUAUUUGUUUAACUCGAUACUCUCAGAGGGGUCAUUUAUGGGUUCAUAUGUCAAAACAUAAAUCAACGAAUAAAGUGCCUAAUCAGAGGUCAAGAAAAAAGUCAGCUAAUCAGGGGGAGGUCAACAAAUAAGUCAGCUAAUCAGAGGGGGAGGUCAAGAAAUAAGUCAGCUAAUCAGGGGCGGGGGGGGCAAGAAAUAGGUCACCUAAUCAGAGGGAGGUCAACAAAUAAGUCAGCUAAUCAGAGGGGGAGGUCAACAAAUAAGUCAGCUAAUCAAAGGGGGAGGUCAAGAAAUAAGUCAGCUAAUCAGGGGGGGGGGGGCAAGAAAUAGGUCAGCUAAUCAGAGGGGGAGGUCAAGAAA